AUGGCUUCGGGUGGGCUUCGAACCCUCAACGAGUACAGAAUUGUGCUACUGGGAUACAGGUGGUCUGGAAAAAGUUCAUCAGGAAACACCAUCCUGGGCCGAGAGGAGUUUGACCUGAAGAGAACAGCUCAGUGUGUGAAGAGACGGGGAGACGUAGCAGGCAGACAGCUCACUGUAGUUGAAGCUCCUGGAUGGUGGGUGAAUGAAAACCUGAAAGGCACCCCUAAACUCACUAAACAGGAGAUUGUGCUCAGUGUGUCUCUGUGUGCUCCAGGACCCCACAUCUUCCUACUGCAUGUAGAUGUAGCUGAUGAUGUUACACCAGAAGACAUAAAGAACAUGAUGGAACAUGUUGACCAUCUAGGUGAGGGAGUGUGGAGUCACACCAUGGUGCUGUUUACCAAUGGAGACCGGCUGGGGAACACACCCAUUGAGCUGUACAUAGAGAGUGAAGAGGCCCUGCAGGCUCUAGUAGAGAAAUGUGGGAACAGAUAUCAUGUCCUCAACAACAUGGACAAAGGUAACAGAAAACAGAUCACAGAGCUGCUUGAGAAGAUGGAGGAGAUUAUCUGUGGAAAUGGGGGGCGUCACUAUGAGAUGGACAGCAAGAGACUGGAGGAAGUGAUGAAGAGGAGAGAGGAAGAUGAAGAGCGAGCCACUGCAAGACUGAUGAAGGUGGAGGAGCAAAGGCAGCAUUUACAGUCACUGAAGGGUGAUCUUGACUUAAGUUUCUUGUUGAGUGAGUUCAGAAUUGUGCUGCUGGGAUACAGGCUGUCUGGAAAAAGUUCAUCAGGAAACACCAUCCUGGGCCGAGAGGAGUUUGACCUGAAGAGAACAGCUCAGUGUGUGAAGAGACAGGGAGAAGUAGCAGGCAGACAGCUCACUGUAGUUGAAGCUCCUGGAUGGUGGAAGAAUAAAAACCUCAAAGCCACAACUGAGCUCACUAAACAGGAGAUUGUGCUCAGUGUGUCUCUGUGUCCUCCAGGACCCCACAUCUUCCUGUUGCAUGUAUAUGUAGCUCAUGCUUUAACACCGGAAGACAUAGACAACAUGAUGGAACAUGUUAAUCAUCUAGGUGAGGGAGUUUGGAGUCACACCAUGGUGCUGUUUACCUUUGGAGACCUGCUGGGAGACACACCCAUUGAGCUGUACAUAGAGAGUGAAGAGGCCCUGCAGUCUCUAGUAGAGAAAUGUGGGAACAGAUAUCAUGUCCUCAACAACAUGGACAAAGGUGACAAAACACAGAUCACAGAGCUGCUGGAGAAGAUGGAGGAGAUUAUCUGUAGAAACAGGGGCCGUCACUAUGAGCAGGACAGGAAGAGACUGGAGGAAGUGAUGAAGAGGAGAGAGAAAGCCACUGCAAGACUGAUGAAGGUGGAGGAGCGAAGACAGCAUUUACAGUCACUGAAGGAACAAGUACUGCUUCAACUAGAGUUCAGAUUUGUGCUGCUGGGAUACAAAAAGUCUGGGAAAAGUUCAUCAGGAAACACCAUCCUGGACAGAGAGGAAUUUGACUGGAAGAGAACAGCUCAGUGUGUGAAGAGACAGGGAGAGGUAGCAGGCAGACAGCUCACUGUAGUUGAAGCUCCUGGAUGGUGGAAGAAUAAAAACCUCAAAGCCACAACUGAGCUCACUAAACAGGAGAUUGAGCUCAGUGUCUCUCUCUGUCCUCCAGGACCCCACAUCUUCAUAUUGCAUGUAUAUGUAACUCAUGCUUUAACACCGGAAGACAUAAAGAACAUGGUGGAACAUGUUGAUUAUCUAGGUGAGGGAGUGUGGAGUCACACCAUGGUGCUGUUUACCCGUGGAGACCGGCUGGGAGACACACCCAUUGAGCUGUACAUAGAGAGUGAAGGGGCCCUGCAGUCUCUAGUGGAGAAAUGUGGGAACAGAUAUCAUGUCCUCAACAACAUGGACAAAGGUGACAGAACACAGAUCACAGAGCUGCUGGAGAAGAUGGAGGAGAUUAUCUGUGGAAAUGGGGGCCGUCACUAUGAGAUGGACAGGAAGAGACUGGAGGAAGUGAUGAAGAGGAGAGAGGAAGAUGAAGAGCGAGCCACUGCAAGACGGAUGAAGGUGGAGGAGCAAAGGCAGCAUUUACAGUCACUGAAGGGUGAGUUCUUCCAUUUCCUAGAGUUCAGAAUUGUGCUGCUGGGAUACAGGCUGUCUGGAAAAAGUUCAUCAGGAAACACCAUCCUGGGCAGAGAGGAGUUUGACCUGAAGAGAACAGCUCAGUGUGUGAAGAGACAGGGAGAAGUAGCAGGCAGACAGCUCACUGUAGUGGAGGCACCUGCAUGGAAGAUGGAUGAAAACCUCCAAGACACUCCUGAGCUCACAAAACAGGAGAUUGUGCUCAGCGUGUCUGUGUGUCCUCCAGGACCCCAAAUCUUCCUACUGCAUGUAGAUGUAGCUGAUGAUGUUACACCAGACGACAUAGAGAACAUGGUGGACCAUGUUAAUCAUCUAGGUGAGGGAGUGUGGAGUCACACCAUGGUGCUGUUUACAAAUGGAGACCUGCUGGGAGACACACCCAUUGAGCUGUACAUAGAGAGUGAAGGGGCCCUGCAGUCUCUAGUAGAGAAAUGUGGGAACAGAUAUCAUGUCCUCAACAACAUGGACAAAGGUGACAGAACACAGAUCACAGAGCUGCUGGAGAAGAUGGAGGAGAUUAUCUGUGGAAAUGGGGGCCGUCACUAUGAGAUGGACAGGAAGAGACUGGAGGAAGUGAUGAAGAGGAGAGAGGAAGAUGAAGAGCGAGCCACUGCAAGACUGAAGAAGGUGGAGGAACAAAGGCAGCAUUUACAGUCACUGAAGGAACAAGUACUGCUUCAACUAGAGUUCAGAAUUGUGCACUUGGGAUACAGAAACUCUGGAAAAAGUUCAUCAGGAAACACCAUCCUGGGCAGAAAGGAGUUUGAGCUGAAGACAACAGCUCGUUCUGUGAAGAGACAGGGAGAAGACCCCACAUAUUCCUACUGCAUGUAG